AUGUCCGAACUGGGGUCCGAGGAAUUCGAGGAAGAGGCCGAACCCGACCUUGGGGAGUAUGAAGGGGAGAGGAAUGAAGGCGGGGAGAGACACGGACACGGGAAGGCGCGGUUGCCGAUCGGUGACACGUAUGAAGGAAUGUAUGAGAAGGGGAAGCGACACGGCCAGGGAACUUAUCGAUUCAAGAAUGGCUCCCGGUACAUCGGAGAAUAUCAACAGAACCAGAAGCACGGUGUGGGGACGUUCCUCUACCCCGACGGAUCCAAGUAUGAAGGUGAUUGGGUGGAUGACCAGCGGCAGGGACACGGCGUCUACACUUAUGCCAAUGGUGACACGUACAACGGAGAUUGGUUCACGCAUCAGAGACACGGACAAGGCGUGUACACCUACGCUGACACGGGAUCCAAGUACAUGGGCACAUGGGUGAACGGCAAGCAAGACGCAGCCGGAGAACUCAUUCACCUGAAUCACCGCUACCAGGGGAAGUUCUCCAGCAACACGAUGGUCGGUCCAGGAAAAUACAUCUUUGACACCGGGUGUGAGCAGCACGGCACCUAUGUGCAGGUUGAGCAGGAAAAGGAGGAAGAUGAAGAGGAGGAGCCUUUGGCAGUGCCGGCAACAAAAUGGUACGCGGAGAAGAUCACCAGCCUGACCAUGUGGUCACCCGCAGAGGUGGUACCGCCACCAGCUCCAGUGGUUGGAGAUCCAGCUGUAGCAGAAGGUUCUGAGGCUCCACCAGAGUCCGUCACUUUGACCGAUGUGUCAGGAAUUGUGUCUGGAGAGGCUCCACCUCCUGAUCAAACACCCGAAAACAUAACUGCCCCAUCGGAGGAAACAUCUGUCUUACCACAGAGCUCAGAGGUGGAGAAGAGAGACCCGGAGGAAGGCCAGAAGG